GAGACAUUAUUGCAAUACGCAUUUGACUUUCGUGUGGACAGUCUUAAUACAGCCUUUGCUUGAAACAGUUCGGAGCUAACUAGCCUCUGUGUAGCACAGCUUAAAACGAUAUAUCAUUGUGAGAUUCCUUUACCUAAAUCUUCGUGGGGUUAUAUUUAAACUCUCCUGUAACGAGUUACACUUUCCAGUUACACGUGAAAUAAAAAUAUUAUAAAAUAAUAUUUAAAACGCCGAUAUUUUAGAUUUAUUUAAUCGAUUAUUUUUCGAUCUGAUUGUAAUCUUCGAAGAAGUACCAUAUAUAACGAAAUUUUUAUUAUAAAAGAUAAAGACAUCAACGAAAAAUCUAAUCAAAGUUAGGAGAAAACAUGCCGAGUAGUAAAACAAGAGUCGCAAUCGUUGGCGGUGGUGUUGCCGGUUUGAUCGUGGCUCGUCACGUAGCAUCUAAACCCGACACCUAUAGUCUUACCCUUUUCGAGCAAACCGAUCAAGUGGGUGGAACAUGGGUUUAUACUGACGAGACCGAUAUUGAUAAGCAUGGAUUACCAGUCCACAGCAGCAUGUACAAGAACCUCAGGACGAACCUUCCUAAGGAAAUUAUGCAGAUACCAGAUUUUCCAAUGAAAGAUCCGAGUGGUCCAUCCUUUGUUAAUCAUAAUGUGAUACGUCAGUAUUUGUGGGAUUACGCGGAGCAUUUUAAUCUUUAUUCCCAUAUAAAGUUGAAUACCGUGGUUAAAUAUGUAGAACCAGAAACAUUAAGGAACGGUCAAACAAUUUGGAUUAUCAAGUAUGAAGAUUUAGAAAACAAAUUGGAGGGGACUAAGACUUUCGAUGUUGUUGUUUUAUGCAAUGGUCAUUAUACGGUCGGCCACAUACCGCAUAUUUCAGGAAUCGAAAGUUUUCAUGGUACGUGUAUCCACAGUCAUCAAUAUCGAAUCCCUGAAACCUACAGCGGAAAAAAGGUAUGCAUCUUAGGUGCGUCUUGGUCUGGGAUCGAUAUUGCACUUGAAGUAUCACAAUAUGCUGAACAGGUUUAUUUAAGCCAUAACUUGCCAAAUCCGAUAGAUUCGAAAUUUGCAAAGAAUAUCGAUCAAAAACCAGGAAUUGAAUCUAUUCAAGGAAAUAUUUUUACUUUCCUUGAUGGAACUACUGCCAAAAUAGAUAAUUUCAUAUAUUGUACUGGUUAUAAAUUCACGUAUCCCUUUAUGUCAUCUAAAGUUGAUAUACGUACGGAUAAUAAUCACGUUGAACCUAUCUAUAAACAUUUGGUGCACAUUACCAUGCCUAAUUUAUUUUUCAUGGGAAUACCCGGACUCGUUAUUCCUUUUCCAAUGUUUCACAUUCAGGCGCAAUAUAUUGUAGAAAUUUUGGAGGGUCGUAUCAAGUUACCCUCUCCUGAAGAGAUGUUGGAAGAUUUCGUAAAGGAAAAGAACGCUUUAUUGCAACAAGGGGUUCCUUUAAGGCAUAUCGUAAAGCUCAAGGAAAGACAAUGGGCGUACUAUGACGAAAUUGCAGCAGCUGCAAAUAUACCGAGCUUUCCUCCUGUCAUAAAGAAGAUUUUCGACCACGUAUCUGAAAUGCGCGAUAUCGAUUUUACCAGUUACAAAAAUCAUCAAUACCGCAUAAUUGACGAUGAAAAUUUUACUGUUUCUUAUUGUAAGCCUUGUUAGGGUCUACGCGAAAAGAUAAAAGAUACAUGAGAUUUUAUUUCAAUAGUGGAAACGGACCACAUAGUUUGGUACUCGUUCACUGCCUGUUUUUCGUUCAAUGGUCGAAAUGUAUAUCUUUUCAUUUCUUAGACCUUGACGACUUAUGCUUCAUUACCAACCAUUCUUCGUUGUUAAACUACGAAGAAACGGAUUAAGAAAUAUUACGUUAAAUGUAUAAAAUCAUAUAAAUGAUGGCAUUUAUUAACUUGCUCUAUUGUUUAGUUUGUAAGGGUUCAAUGCAUUGACGUAAUAUGAUCCACGAUAAACGAUUAAGAAGAUACUUCUAUGACAUAGAAAGAAUAAUAAAAAGAGAAACAAAAUGUUAUUGUAACUAUAUAUUUUUGCUGACAGUAUGUUGCUAUAAUUAAUGACGUGAGAGAUAUACUCGGAAUAAAGACUUAUUAUCAUGAAA